ACAACGACAACCACAACAACGUCCACCUCUACAACUACAACAACGUCAACCACAACAACUACAACAACGUCAACCACUACAACCACAACAACAUCCACCACUACAACUACAACUACAACAGCUGACCCAUGCCUCAGCGCCCCCGUGUAUACAAUGUGCAGUGACGUAGUUGCCACCAGCUCUGUGGGCGUGAUUAUCAGUCCAGGUUAUCCAGGAACUUACACUAACUUCCUUGAUUGCACCCUCACCGUGACCGUUGCGACGAGCACUGCAAUAAGCUUUGAUUACUUGAGUUUCAACUUGGAAAAACACCCGACUUGCAGCUACGACUUUUUGACCAUUAAUGAUACAAUUAACACGGAAAGAACGAGAUAUUGUGAGACAACGCCGCCAGAUUUCCCCCUUUCCGCCACAAACGACGUGAGCCUAAGGUUCUUCACGGAUAAGUCUGUAAUUGAUACCGGGUUCUACAUCUGUUACAAGGGCGUCUGAGGACCUUGGGGUUUCAAG